GAGCGCACGCCGCACGGACGCGUCCCUCGCACGAACACGCCGGUUGCGUCACCAGUGCAGCGCGGACGCGGACCAUGCGAGCCGCCUCCACCCGCAUGAACGCCACGUGUGUGCACUUCUUACAUUACUUUCAACUUUGUUUAAUGCAACCGUUGCCCGAAAUAUUUCAUGUAUUUAUAAAAGUUACAUACUUGACUCGUUGACUUUCGCGGCACAAUCUAGUUCAAUUACUUACAGACUGUACACACGUGUUUGUCGAGUGUAUUCUUUGCUUAAUAUUAACAGAGUGAAGGAUUCUAGGAUCACCCCAUAAAAUUCGAAAGGAGUAACACAUCUGCAACUGCAAAUACCUAUUCAUCGGCUAACGGAGUAGUGUUGUGGGCGCGCGGCGGGUGCAGGUGCAGGUGGCGCGGCAGUAGCGGCGCGAGCGCGAUGCGCGGCGCACGCCCCCCGGCGCCGGCGCUGCUGCUGCUGGCGGCGCUGCUGGCGGCCGCCGGCCCCGCGCCCGACUCGCCGCAGGCUGUCAGAAUACGUGCUGCCCGCGCCAGCUGGGAGGUGUCGCCGAGCCCGCCGGGCGUGGAGAGCGUGGGCGUGCCGCUGGACGCGCUGGAGGGCGCGCUGGACGCGCCGGACGCGCUGGACGCGGCGCUGGGCGCGGAGGAGGCGCCGGCGUGGCGCGAGCUGUGGUACGCCUCGCUCGAGGCGCGGCGCCGGCAGCCCGUGCUCAACGCCUCGCGCGAGGACGUGCUCGCGCAGCUCGGCUCCACCGCCUUCCUGCACUGCCCCGUGCGACACCUCGGCGAGCGAGGGAUCUCGUGGGUGCGGAGACGAGACUGGCACAUCAUCAGCUCCGGCCUCUUCAUGUAUACGAAUGACGAGCGCUUCCAGGUGUUGCACAGCGAGGGCUCCGACGACUGGACGCUGCAGAUCAAGUUCGUGCAGAAGCGCGACAACGGCACGUACGAGUGCCAGGUGUCGACGGCGGCGGGCCCGCUGGCGCGGCUCGUGGCGCUGCACGUGCUCGUGCCCGAGGCCUUCAUCCUCGGCGCCGACGAGCACCACGUCGACGCCGGCUCCACCAUCAGCCUCGUCUGCAUCAUAGAGAAGAGCCCGGUGCCGCCGCAGUACGUGUUCUGGUACCACAACGAGCGCAUGAUCAACUACGACCUGGCGCGCGGCGUGGCGGUGGCCACGGCGCCGGGCGCGCGCACGCAGUCCGCGCUCACCAUCCGCGACGCCGCCCCCCACCACUCCGGCAACUACUCCUGCCGCGCGCCCAACACCGAGCCCGCCAACAUCUACGUCUACGUCUCACAAGGCAGCGACAAGAUGGCGGCGACGUUGUCGCGGUCGGGCGGCGGCGGCGCGCGGCGGCGGGCGCCGGCGCACGCGCACGCGCACGCGGCCGCGCUGCUGCCGCUGUUGGCCGCUCUCGCCGCAGGCAUGCGCGGGUGAAACUCGCGCAGCCACCCCACCGCUACUUACAUUCAAUCAACUGUGUUAACAUUCGUGUUGUCAACGACGACUUGUCCGGUAUUUGUAUUCAUUGAAGAGUUUAUCUAGGUAGUCUGUAAAUAUAAAAGAGAUCGGAGGUGUAAAUAAUUAUAUUCAUUCCGGUAAUUCUAUUUCGUUGGUAGAUAGGUAAGUGUUAUCUACCUACGUGUACAUAUUAAUGUUAAGACUUUGAUCGUAUCACUGCAGUCAGUUUCUGAGUGCUAUAUUAUUAGUUUUUUAUUAUGUUGAAAGUGCCAACUGUCUACAUAGAUCGAUGCGGAUCAUCCGAGAAGCGAUACAAUGUUUUAAUGGAGCACUUUGAACGUAAUGAAUGACGUCAGCAGUUACCAUAACAACGAGGUAGGGCGAGCAGCGAGCUCGCGCCCGCGUGACGUGACCCACGUCUCGUCUCGUGGUCUUCCUGCGUGUCACCACAACUAUAACUUACUUAUACAACAAGAAUUUCUCAAAUCUGUCGCCUUCCAUAGAUUUAUACCUUACAACAAUAAAUUAUUAC